UGGCGCCCUCUCAUGAUUUUUCAUUUUGAUAGUUCAUUUUUAAUUUACGACAAACAUUAUUAAAACCCAUUAAAAAUUUAUUGAAUUAUAAAUUUUUAUUAUUUUUGAUAGAAAUUUAGACAUAGUGAAUUUAAAAAAUUAAAAUAAAUAAAAUCAAGGGUAAAUAAUCGAAAUGGGAUUCAGGUGCAUUCGGGAGCAACACUGUUCUUUCACGUUCCGUUCGGACCCGUACUCUCCGUCAAGAUGGGUAAAGUAAAGUGUUCAGAAUUGAGGACAAAAGACAAAAAGGAACUCCUUAAACAAUUGGAGGACCUUAAAAUGGAAUUGACCAAUUUGAGGGUUGCCAAAGUGACAGGCGGUGCCGCUUCUAAACUUUCCAAGAUACGUGUCGUACGUAAGGCAAUCGCUAGGGUUUACAUUGUCAUGCAUCAGAAGCAGAAGCAGAACCUUAGGAAAUUAUACAAGGGGAAGAAGUACAAGCCUUUGGACCUCAGGCCAAAGAAGACCAGGGCAAUGAGGAGGGCUCUGACCAAACACGAAAAGAACCUCAAAACAUUGAAAGAAGUCAGAAAGAGGUCCGCAUGGCCAGCGAGGUUGUACGCCGUCAAAAAAUAAACACAUCUUUGUAUUAUUAUUACAAAAUACAUAAUUUUUAUUUCAA